UGGCCAUGUCUCUCCGGAGCCUCCCAAACAUAAAGCCAAGUCCAGUGCCAAAGCUCUGUACGAACAAAGAAAACACUUCACCAAAACCAGCAUCAACAGCCUGACGGACACAUCGCAGUAUCAUGUGGAGCACCUAACCACGUUCGUGUUGGACCGUAAAGACGGGAUGAUCACCGUGGACGAUGGCGUCAGACGUCUUCGCCUGCUGGACGCUAAAGGAAAAGUCUGGACUCAGGAGAUGUUGCUGCAGGUGGAAGAGAAAACUGUGAGCCUCAUCGACCAGGAGACGAAGAAUGAGUUGGAGAACUUCCCAAUCGGGACGAUCCAGCACUGCCAGGCCGUGAUGAACGCCUGCAGCUACGACUCCAUCUUGGCUCUGGUGUGUAAAGACUCGGGUCAGAGUAAACCGGACCUCCACCUGUUCCAGUGUGACGACAUCAAGGCGAAUCUGAUCCACGCAGACAUAGAAAGUGCCAUGAUCGAUGCCAAAGGAGGCAAAGUGAAGAAGAGACCAGAGACACUAAAGAUGAUCCUGAAGAGCGAUGGGAUCAUCCCUCCUCCCCCCACCGCUCCCGCCCCCGAGCCGCCGGCAGAGUCCGAUCAGGUGGACGUGAAGAGUCGAGUGGCGGCCUGGUCCGCCUGGACCAAUGAGCAGCCAGACUAUGAGCAGCAGUUCAGUGAGGAGGACGGACCGGUGGAGAUGACUGCAGCCAGAGUGGACCGAGAUGUGCAAAUCCUGAACCACAUUCUGGACGACAUCGAGUUCUUCGUCACCAAACUCCAGAAGGCGGCCGAGGCCUUUACCGAGCUGUCCAAGAGGAAGAAGACCAAGAAAGGCAAAAAGAAAGGUCCAGGAGAGGGCGUCCUGACACUGCGCUCCAAACCUCCUGGUGAGGAUGAGUUUGUGGACUGUCUGCAGAAGUUCAAACACGCCUUCAACCAGCUGGGUAAACUGAAGGAUCAAAUCCAGAACCCGAGCGCCGUGGAUCUGCUUCACUUCCUGUUCAACCCGCUCAGGAUGGUGAUCCAGGCGUCAGGCAGUGUGGAUCUGGCUCGCAGCGUCGUGGUUCCUCUGCUGACCAGAGAGGCCAUCGACUUCCUGCACGCCACAGGAAACGCAGAGGAGAGACACCUGUGGGUCACUCUGGGAGACGGGUGGACCAAAUGCAGGUUGGAGUGGCCAAAGGAUCAUUACUUCCCGCCCUGCGUGCUGAGGUUUCGGGAUGGUUGGGAGCCUCCAGCGCUCCCGACGGCGACUCCUUCCAGAGAGCAGGAGCUGGCCGGUGUGGAAGUCCAGAGACAAGAGGAGCUGAGGAUGAGACUGGCUCAGGAGCAGUCGGCGGUGCAGAGGUUCCCUCCUGCAGACGGGUACGCCUCCUUCUCCAACACCUCCUACAAACGCAUGCAGAUCCUGGAUCAGGAAGCGGCCAUGGCUGCGUUUAGACAGGCCGUCAGCCGCCGCGUAGACCGGAGUUUUGACGCCGGCCAAUCCAAACUGUUUGCCAAAUCCAAAUAUGACUUUGUGGGAAGAAACAACACGGAGCUGUCGGUGCUGAAAGACGAGGUUGUCGAGGUUCUGGACGACAGGAAGCAGUGGUGGAAGGUUCGUAACGGCGGUGGAGCGUCCGGCUACGUGCCAAACAACAUCCUGGAGAUGACCAAAGCGGUGGACAUUACGGGCCGAGGGGAGCCCAUCUACAGCCACACUAUACAGAAGAGUUCGGGAUCUGAGCUGCAGGAGAUUAUGAGGAGGCGACAGGAGAAACUGGCAGCCACCACCUGUGAUUCAGGGGUGGAGUCUUUUGAUGAAGGCAGCACCCACUGAGCUCCACAUGACCUCCUCCUCCUCUUCCUCCUCUUCCUCCUCCUUCCUCCCUUCCUCCCUCCCUCCUCCCUUCCUCCC